UGGUGGUGGUGCAGGGGCUUCCUAGCGCGAACACGGCCACGCUGAGCAUCUGAAAGGGCGGGCGAGAGCGGGCCUGAAACUAACCGAGAGAGGGCUCUGGUGGACCUCGUGGGAGCGGGAAAGGUUGAGCCCGGGCGCUGCCCGGUAGAGGGCUCCGGCUCCUUCUGAGGGCUGAGAGGGAGAAGGGCUCCCAGGACCUGCGCUGGGCCUUUGCAGUGGGCAAGGGGGGAAUCCAUCUUUGCAGUUAGGAGAAGGCCCAGCUAGGACUUAGGCCAGUGCCCUGGUGCCCCUUCUCUCCCCCCCCCCCCACGGGGCGGGGUCCCUGUCUGUGAGCCCAGUGAAUUGAGUGACACAGGGCUCAGGCAGGAUGAGCGCCAUAAACAGCAGCUUUGUCUGGGUGACACCUUCUCUGCCUCAGGGACCCUUGGUCUCCACCGAGCACGUCCUGCCUAAGUUCCAUGGACACUACCAUAUCAUAGGGAUGAGGCGGCCAUUCUUUGUGCUGCUGGUGUUUGUGAGCUGUGCCGUGGGAGCUCUGUUGAGAACCAUUCUGAAGAAAUCACACAUUCCUAUUGCUGUAAUUCUUUCUUUGAUUGGAGUUCUCCUUGGAGUAGUGGGCUACUUUGUAAAGGAGUUUCGCGUUUUGACAGAAUACGUUGCAGAAAUUGAUCCGAUCCUGUUUCUUCAUAUGUUCACACCUGUUAUAAUAUUUACUGCCGCUUUUGAAAUGGAUUUUUAUAUAUUUCGGAAAUCAUUUUGGCAGAUAUUUCUACUUUCAGUUCCUGGCUUUUUGCUGAAUUGUACUUUAAUUGGAUUGUUAACUUAUAAAAUCAAUAAGUAUAACUGGAACUGGCACAUGAGCAUGUUGUUUGGAGUCAUUGUUAGCACAACAGAUCCUAUCCUCUCUGUGGCUUCUGUGAAAAACAUUGGUCUUUCAAAAAUCGUCAUUAAUCUAAUUAAAGGAGAGUCUUUGUUCAGUGAUGCUACCAGUGCAAUUGUUUUUGAACUUUACAGUGAUCUUGUAUCUGACCCACAUACUGAAGUUGCAAAAGAAAUUAUUAUUAAACUAGUAUUAAAAUUUUUUGCAAGUAUCAUAUUUGGAUUUUUGAGUUCAAGAAUAGUUAAAUAUUGGCUGUCUCAUAUCUUCAAUGAUGGAUUAACUGAAGUAAUUCUAAGCUUCUCAAUGGCAUACCUGAUUUUCUUCAUUGCUGAAUGGCUUGGAAUGUCUGGUGUUAUCUCGCUCGCUGUUUUGGGAAUUCUCUUAGAUUCUGUAAGCUUUAGUCCAGGGGUGGAUGAAUUUAUCUUUAGGUUCUGGGCAAUGCUGACAUUUUUGGCUCAUGUUAUGAUAUUCGUUAUAACUGGAAUUGUGAUAGCUGUAAAAACCUUUCCAUAUGUGACUAUUCGUGAUUUGUUUUAUAUCUUAACACUCUAUCUUGCACUGAAUCUUAUAAGAGGUCUAGUUGUUUUGUCCUUGAACCCUCUUCUGAGCCGCCUUGGUUAUGGAUUUAACUGGCGCUGGGGAGCUGUUAUUGUCUGGAGUGGAAUGAGAGCUACUUUUACUUUGAAUAUGGCUCUUGGGAUUAGCCAAUCAAAAGAUCCGGGUACAGCAGCAAUGAAGAACAUGAUAUUACUGCAUGCAGGAACAGCAUCAUUAAUGACUUUGAUGAUUAAUUCUACCACGGUGAAAAAGCUGGUUAUAACACUGGGUCUAUGUAAUAUUACUCUUCCAAAACGUAUGGUAAUGUACAGUGCUGUUCAGCGUAUAAAAGAAAUGGAGGCCAACACAUGUUCCAUAUUGAAACUUGAUAGAUUUUUAGCUGAUGCAAAUUGGACUGUGAUUGAAGAAGCAAUUAAAAUUGAUUGCCCUUAUAAAUUUGAUAUAGAGGAAGCUUCCCAAAUUGUUAGAACACUUAAAUGUCCAGAUUGUAACACAGACAUUUCAGAUGAGACAACACCUCAACAAAUUGCUGACAUACUGGAAGAAGCCAGGUUACGUCUUUUAACAGCACAAAUAGCUAGUUAUCAGAAGCAAUACCACACUGGAAUGCUUAACCAAGAUGCUGCCCAAAUAUUAAUAGGCGCAGCAGAAAGAUAUGUUGAUAUUAGAGAGAAAUUUAUGAACAUUCAUGAGGUAAAGACAUAUUGGGAAAGCAAAGGACUACUAGUUUCCUUUAAGAAAUUGUUAUCUGAUUGGGUUUACAAUGUGAAAGAUGAAAAAUCUAAGCCAUCAAGGAACAAGAUUCUGAAGCUGUGUCACCAUAUAGUAUUUAUGGAUGAAUUUGAGUGCACAAGUUACAUUAUAACAUUAUUGAAUUUAAUUCCCAUUCUAAUAGAUUUUACACAUCUAGAUGAAACAUAUAUUAAACAACUAAAAAUCUGUAACUACUAUUUCAUCAGUUUGUAUAUACUGGAGGCAUCAUUAAAGGCUUUAGCCAUGGGGAAGGCUUACAUCUUUCAUCAUUGGAAUCAGUUUGAUCUAGUAAUCAUAAUAGUUGGACUCAUAGAUAUCAUGAUUAUUAAUAUCUUUAAGCCACUUCACCCAACAUAUCAUAUGAUUAAGACUGUCAGGGUAUUCCGAAUCAUUCGCCUUAUUAGAGUUAUGCGUCUUUUGAAGCUUGUGAUACCAAGACUGAUAAACCUAUUGGAAAAACAAAUAAACAAACAGCUAAACGUUAGAUAUGAUAUUGCUAAGGGAUAUGUGCAAGGUGAAGAAGAUACAAAAUAUUUAAUUGAACAGAUUUCUUGUCAUGAGACAAUUUCUAAGGAAAUAAAAACAAUUAUGGAAAAGAAUAAACAAGAUGGUAUGAAAGAGCUAGGUUUAAUGCAGCGUGAUAAUCCAGAUAUUGUUACUGCUGUGAAAACCAAACAGGCAGUCCAAACUGUGCUAAACACAGCUACAGAAACUCUUAAAGUAUUGAUAUCAAGUGGACUUGUUGAUAAAAAUGAAGAAGCAAAAUUACAAAAGAUGAUUCUGCAAAAAAAACACAACCUUGGCACUCUUCCAUCUACUAUUGCACCACCUACUGCAGAGGAGCUUUUACACAGUAUCAGUUGGUUAGAAAAUGAAAAGAAGCAAAUUGAGUUCAUCCAGGAAAGAGCAAGGAUCCUUUGUUAUGACUAUGGAGACAUUAUAUGUGAGGAACAUGAAAUGCCAGAAGGAAUCCACCUAAUUAUUUCCGGGAUGACAAAGCUUUGUGGUUCCAGUCCCAGCUAUGGAGUUGCUAAUGAUGUAUAUGAACUGAGAAAUCCUAAAUGGGUGCCAUAUACUGACUACCUGGUCAGUGGAGCAAUAAUAGGAGAGUUGAAUUGCCUAACUAAGCAAGAAAUGGAAUAUACUGUUACCUGUGAAACUGCUGUUCAGACGUAUUUUAUUUCUAUGAACGACUUGUCCAAAGCUUUUGAUGAGUUUUUAGAAUGCCCAUCUUUGAAAUAUAAAAUAUGGCUCAAACUUGCCCUUGAUAUCACUAUCAAAGCUUUCAAGGAAAAGCUUGCUUACCAGGACUGGUCAUAUAAGAUGUGUACAAAGUUACCUAAUGUUUAUGUGAUGGAUGUACCAACCCACAGGAAAUGGGAUAUUUAUGAUGGAACCAUGGAUGAUGUUAUUCUUGUACAUGGAAGUGUACGAGAUUGUCAAAAAGAGCAACCUUACUUUGCACCCUGUAUUUUACCUAAAACUUGCCAUGAGGUACAAGGAACUGCUGCAGUAACAAAACUGCUAAUUGUACGAACUACUACCACUAUGAAGAGGAAGAGUAGUAGAAGAUGCAGUAAUGCGUGUCAAUAUCAUUCAUGUGGUCGGAGACAGGCUACCUUUGGAAAUGCUGAAGAAACAGAUGGUAGCAGUCGGCAUUCACUAAACUCAGAUUCUGUCCAGGGUGAGACUGCCAUGACCUCAACGGAGGGGGCGGCCAGAAUGGUUUACACACCGACUGCAGUGUGUGAAUAG